CAGAGUGCAGUGUUCGUGCAGCAUUGUGUUCAGUGGCCCAGGAAUUUCGCUUGUGUUUCGUCUGCCCGAAGCUGGAUAAGACAGGAGCAUUUUCGCGGCCAGCGCUUUCAGGAUGAAGACGGAGCACAGGCUGUGCGCGGCGUGCUCCGAACCAAUCACAGACAAGUACCUGCUGCAAGUGAACGGACGCUCCUGGCACUCGCACUGUUUGCGGUGCUGCGUCUGCCAGCUCUCCCUGGACCGACAGCCUUCCUGCUUCAUCCGCGACGACAGCGUAUACUGCAAGACGGACUACGCCAAAAGUUUCGGGGCGAAGUGCUCCAAGUGCUGCCGGGGCAUCUCCGCAAGUGACUGGGUGCGCAAAGCUCGGGACCACGUGUAUCACUUGGCCUGCUUCGCGUGUGACUCCUGCAAGAGACAACUCAGUACGGGGGAAGAGUUUGCAUUGCACGAGGACCGCGUACUCUGCAAGGCGCACUACCUCGAGAUCCUGGACGGAGGCAGUACCUCCUCGGACGAAGGCGGUGACUCGGAGAACUACCACAAGAACAAGGCAAAGAGGGUACGGACUACGUUCACAGAAGAACAACUUCAGGUUCUGCAGGCGAACUUCCAGCUGGACUCGAACCCAGACGGUCAGGACUUGGAGCGUAUUGCACAGAUCACGGGGCUCAGUAAGAGGGUCACACAGGUGUGGUUCCAGAACUCGAGGGCCAGACAAAAGAAACACCUCCACACAGGCAAACUGAAGACUCCAAUGCACCACGCCUCUGCCCCCUUGUCAAGGGACUCGGACUCAGCAACGUUUGGCCGCCACAUCAACCUACACCUCACUUACUCGUUCCAGUCGCAACAGUCGGGCAAGACGGCGAUUUUCGUUCCCCGUGUCCAAGACACAUCGAUGGAUGAGCUGUCGCAAGACUCAGUGGUGCAAACCUGCAUGAGAGGAGAGGUAUGAGACGAGGCCUCCACGUCGGCUGCAAUGUGCGACCAUACCGACAUCAGCGAGUAAACACAGCGAGUUAAACUUAUAUCCUUGAAGGUGCAAGUUGAAUUUAUACGUCUCCUAUUAAAAGCAACGUUUCAAAUUAUGCGCUUUUACGUUGAAUUUAUAUGAAGGUUAUUUGAGGAUGUAUGUGGCAGUGCAUGUGUGUAUGUAUAUAUGUAAAGAUACUAAGUAUAGGGUCAUUCAAAAUGACCUUACCCUAACAUUGAUUUAUUGUAUAAAACCCAUAUACAGAGAAGAUAUUUAUUCUUGUUUUAUUUAACGAAACGUGUAUCAUUUUGACUUUGGAGCAAUGAGCUUCAAAAAUGACAAAUCAUGAGUCAGAACUUAUAUGGAAAUAAGAGAUCGAGACCUGUUUUAAAGUGACAUAGAAGCAUUUGCUUGGAUGACUGAAUAAAACUAUGAAGAGACA